AUGGAGAAAAGAAAUCUAACAGUCAUCAGGGAAUUUGUCCUUCUGGGACUAACAAGCUCAGCAGAGCAGCAAUACCCUCUGUCUGUGCUCUUUCUCUGCAUGUACUUAGUCACUAUGCUGGGGAAUAUGCUCAUCAUCUUGACCACUGGCUUUGACUCUGGCCUCCAUUCCCCCAUGUAUUUCUUCCUUAGUAACUUGGCCUUUGUGGACAUCUGUUUUACUUCCACUACAGUCCCCAAGAUGGUAGUGAACAUCUUGACUAACAGGAGGACUAUCUCUUUUGCAGGCUGCCUCACUCAGCUCUUCUUCUUCAGUUCUUUUGUGAAUAUGGACAGCCUCCUUCUCUGUGUGAUGGCAUAUGAUAGCAUAGCAGUGAAGACACGUGUAACUUUUAUGACAUAUGGCUGACCUGGAGAAGCUCAACAAAAA